AGCUGCGGCGGCGCAGGAGGGGGCCGUUUGGUGAGGGCGCGGCCUCUGGGAGGGGGACGUGCGACACGCAUCCCAGCGCUGCCUCGGGCCACCCGGGAGCCUCGCGGCAGCUCAUUGCCCCACUUGGCCACACUGGCUCCGUGAUCCCUCUUUGCGCCUGCCUCGUCUUGUCACCUCCCGUCUCACCCUCCUCGCUCCAGCCUCUGCCACCUCAUCCACAGCCAUCUGAGCGAGCGCGCCUCUGAGAGCAGGAGGUGCUGCUCCGGGACACAGGGCGCGCCCUCCAAAGGUCCCCAGCUCGACAUUUGGGGCCCCCCCCGCAGGCGACAGCAUGGACACCAAGCGCUGCUUCGCCAACCGCUUCGAUGACUACCAGGGCAGCCUGCUGGCGGGCCAGUGCGAGGAGGCAGUGGCGCCCUUGGUCACCUCCACCAUCGAACGCAUCCUUCAGGAGCUGCCCCCACUGGGGGGUGGCGCUGAGGCUCGGGGGGCGACGGCCGCGGGCAGCAGCUGCCAGGGGGGUCUGUACAGCGGCGUGGCCGGGGUGGCCUACAUGCUCUACCACGUCUCGCAGAGCCCGCUUUUCGCUGCCGCCCGCGAACGCUACCUGCGCUUCGCCAAGCGCCUCAUCGACGCGUGCUCCCGCGCCGAGGAGUGGGGCGAGACGGACGCGGACACCCGCGCCGCCUUUCUGCUCGGGGGCGCGGGCGUGUACGCCGUGGCCACGCUCGUCUACCACGCCUUGGGCCGCUCCGACUACGUGCAGCCCCUCGGCAAGUUCCGGGCUCUGUGCGCCGUCUGCGCGCCGGUCUCCUUCCUGGACUGCGGCUCCGAUGAGCUGUUCGUGGGCCGAGCCGGCUACCUGUGCGCCGCGCUUGUGCUCAAGCAGAAGCUCGCCCAGGAGGUAUUGACACCAACACAAAUUAAAGCAAUAUGCCAGGCAAUUCUGGACUCUGGGAAGCAGUAUGCUACGAAGAAGAGAAAACCAUUUCCCCUGAUGUAUUCUUACUAUGGAACGGAAUACCUGGGGGCAGCUCAUGGCCUGUCGUCCAUUCUCCAGAUGCUUCUUUCUUACCAUGAGCACCUCAAACCUUCAGAUCGGGAGCUGGUGUGGCAGAGUGUGGACUUCCUCAUGGAGCAGGAACAGAAUUGCAACUGGCCACCAGAGCUUGGAGAGACCAUCGAGAGAGAGAAUGAGCUUGUCCACUGGUGCCACGGCGCUCCAGGAAUUGCUUAUCUGUUUGCCAAAGCUUAUCUCAUUUCCAAGAAACCGCAGUACCUGGACACAUGUAUCCGGUGUGGGGAGCUAACAUGGCAAAAAGGCCUGCUGAAGAAGGGGCCAGGGAUUUGCCAUGGUGUAGCUGGCAGUGCCUAUGUCUUCCUUCUUCUGUACCGUCUUACAGGAAACUCGAAAUACAUCUACCGUGCCCAAAGGUUUGCUCAGUUCUUAUUCACUGAAGAAUUCAAAGCUGGUUCCCGGGUCCUUGAGAGCAUAUACAGUUUGUAUGAAGGCUUCUCCGGGACUGUUUGCUUUCUCAUUGAUUUGCUACAGCCCAAUCAGGCUGAGUUUCCUCUCUUCAGUGUCUUUGUUUAA